CUUAGUUCCAAAUAGCUGUCUGGCUUUCAGAGGAAACAGUCAUGGGACUGCUGUUGCCGAUUAUUCUUGGCUGUCUUGCCGCUCUGAUUGGAGGGCUGUACCUACUCGGGGUGUUUCGACAGCGGAGACCAGGAGAACCACCUUUGGAUAGGGGGCUCAUUCCUUGGCUUGGUCAUGUCUUAGAGUUUCGCAGGAACACAUUGAAGUUCAUAGAGAGGAUGAAGCAAAAGCAUGGAGAUGUGUUCACAAUUCAGCUGGCAGGAUUUUACGUUACAUUCCUUCAGGACCCUCUAUCGUUUGGGGCACUUGUAAAGGAGAGUCGAGAAAAACUGGACUUUAACAAGUUUGCCAUGGAGCUGGUGCGCAGAGUGUUUGGUUACGUAGCUGAGGUGGGGGACCAUCACAUUCUCCAGCUAUCCAGCAACAAGCACUUGAAAGGGGAUGGCCUGGAGGUAAUGACACAAGCUAUGAUGAGUAAUUUGCAGAACCUAAUGUUGCACAACAUCGGAUCAGCUGCAGACCAAGAGACCUGGAUGGAAGAUGGACUUUUUAUUUACAGCUACAAUAUUGUUUUUCGGGCUGGCUACUUAUCCCUGUAUGGCAAUGAGCCACACAAGUCAGAAGGAAGUGAGGAGAAAGCAAAAGAGAAAGACAGAGCUGAAUCUGAAGCCUUAUUUUACGAGUUUCGUAAAUAUGACCAACUCUUUCCAAACUUGGCUUACGGGGUCCUGCCACCAAGGCAAAGGAUGGAAGCAGACAGACUCAUGGAAUUCUUUUGGAAAGCUCUGUCAGUGCAAAAGAUGAAGACCAAGGACAACAUCAGUCGCUGGGUGUGGGACAUGCAGCAGGCCAAAGAUGAGAUGGGUAUGAAAGAGUCAAUGAUAAACAGGUACAUGUUUGUGCUUCUUUGGGCCUCUCAGGGCAACACAGGGCCUUCUGCAUUCUGGCUGCUCCUCUUCCUCAUGAAACACCCUGAAGCCAUGGCAGCAGUGAAGGAAGAGGUAGAUAAGGUUGUGAAGGAAUCCGGGCAGGAAGUCAAACGUGAUGGCCCUUUACUUAACCUGACCCGUGAAAUGCUGAUGAACACGCCAGUCCUGGACAGUGCUGUAGAAGAGACCCUCCGACUCACUGCUGCACCCCUCCUCACCAGAGCAGUGCUCCAGGACAUGACCCUCAAGAUGGCUGACGGGCGUGAAUACUUCAUUCGCCAAGGCGACAGAAUGGCAGUCUUUCCAUACAAUGCCGUUCAGCUUGACCCAGAGAUCCACCCUGACCCACAUUCAUUUCAAUAUGACCGGUUUCUGAAUCCAGACGGGAGCAAGAAAACAGAUUUUUACAAAGCAGGGAAGAAGGUGAAGUAUUACAACAUGCCCUGGGGUGCUGGGGUCUCCAUGUGCCCUGGGCGUUUCUUUGCCACCAAUGAGCUGAAACAGUUUGCUUUCCUCAUGUUGGUCUAUUUUGAGUUUGAGCUGAAGAAUCCCAAUGAGAAGAUACCUGAAAUUGACUUCAGGCGAUGGGGCUUUGGUUCGAUGCAACCUGACAGAGAUGUCCCGUUUCGAUACAGACUCAGAUAUUAAACCAUAUCAAUAAUUUUUGUCAUUUGGUCUGAUAAAAUAUUUGAUUUUCCUUUUGAUCAUCUCUGCAAGGUUUCUUUCCAAAUGAAGCAUGAUUUUACACUUGGAGAGUAGUUAACAUAACAUUACAUUACUUGUUACAUCUCAUUAGUCAUACUACUCAUUACAGUGAUGUGAAAGAAAGCUGCAAAAAUGUUGCACUAUUAUUAUUACUAUUACUACAUUUCCAAGUCCAACAUAAUUAUUUUUGAUUCAAACACUGUGUGCAAAAUUUUGUGUUAACUGAAUUUUAUUUCACUAAUAUAAACAUUUUUAUUUUUUAAUUCUUGACAUGCUUUUUGGAAGACAGUCACCAUGAUGAUACUAAGAUAUCCUUAUUUAACAGUUAGGUGUAUGUAUGUAUGUAUAUGUAACUGUUAUUUAUCAGUUAACAGUUAAAUAAAAAUACAUCUUUGUAGUGUAACCAUCAGAGAAGGCAUGGGAUAUCUUUAAUAGCUUCUGUCUUACACAUGUGUGAUACAUACUAGUAUAUAAUAGUCAAGCAGCAAUCUCUGUUUUUAGGGUGUGUGCAUAAAUGGAAUGUCACUAAACUGGUUUCUGGGUCAAGGUUAGGUUUUAUCGGGGGAAUUUCUACCAGACACUGCUUCCUAACUGUAACUCUAUUAACCUAUAAUUAUAACUUAUUCAUUAUGGAAUAAUGCAUGUCUGUUUUUCAAUUGUAACCUGUAACCUGUAAUAAAGAUUUAUUUGAUUAUUUGAUUGAAAUAAUAAAAGAUUAAAUUUGAUGAUACAGGACUCAUUGGUUUAAUGAGACUGGAGUAGAAACAAAGUUCAUUUUCUUUGACCAAAGGAUGACACACAAUUGUCUCUGAACUUUAUUGUUUUACAGUGUAACUGCUCAAUAAUACAUGACUGUUUUAGCAACUUAAAGUUUACUCAGCAAUAAAUAAUAUAUUGCUACAUUUAAACAUCCUAAUCAGUUGUUGCUUGUACUCACAAUCAUUCCACUGACUAUACUGCAGUUUUACACAGCAGUUUGUUACCUGUAAAUGUAGUUAUAUGCUUUGCAAAGUGUUAAUUUGUAACAUUAUAUAUGACAAAUUAUCUGUGGUUAUCAUCCAAGAAAUACUGUAUUGUGGGUGUAUCCCAAUAUUCUUAAAUCAUUACACUAUUUCUACACGUUGGUGGAGGAAGUGGGUUAUUUGGAGAUUGCUACAUCACACAUAUGGUAGAUAAAAAAUAAAAAACAUAAUGUUGCAGUUAUGCUACUGAGUAACGAAUAAGUCUGAGAAUAUGUAUUUUUCUCUUAAAAGAGUGUUAUGUUAUGUCCUUUUUAAGGAGAAAUGUUGUUUUGUAAUACACAAUAUGAUUCAGACUGGCACUUAUGAUACCAUGUGACAUUGUUUAAACAGAUUUAGAGGAACCACACUUAGGAGACCAAUCAAAUGGAUUGUUUUAUCUUGCUCUACACUACAAUAUUCCUGUAAUAAAGCAUUGCCUUUGUCAAAGUUAUUUUUUUGUGUAUCAGAGGUGAUUUGUUUCAACUCUGUUAUUUUUUUGAAGGCUGUGGUGUUUCUAAUAUAUUUUCACCUCCAUUUAUAAAAAGUGGUCAGUGUGGACUUAACUGAGCUUUACUUUUAUUAGAUUAAUUUGUAUUAAAUAAUUUAAUUACUGUAAA